AUGUUGCGUGAAACAGUUGAAGCAUGGCAGAAAGCCGCCUCCACCAGAAAUGCAUUGGAUUCAGACAAAAUUCUCCCAGACAAGUGUACCCUUGCGAACCUCGCUCACGACCUACCUGAGUGCAAAUCUUUGCCACAGUGCCAUGUUCUUGAGGUACUUUUGCGAUGCCUCAAGAAGAUCAAAUGCACCAACAGAGGCUCGCAAGACAAAGGGUCCAUCCAGCAGCUUGCAAGCCAUACUAUAGAACUAUUAGGCCAGCCCUUCUCUACUUUACACUCUAUGGACAGCCCCGCCGUGGCAGAAAAGGCAUUGGAUGUUUUGAAAUGCCUUGCUAUCGACUUUGCUGCACCACUGGACGAAAAAGACUUGGUUUGUGUUGCCGCCUACACCGACAGCCAGGACGCAUGGACAACCCCCAGUGCUGCGUCAAGCUCCGAAGACAUCCUGAGCAACUCUUUGAAUAACGACACGAGACAUGCAUUCAUCGCGUCAGCUGUGCUAGAACACUUCAUUCGGCCUGUUUUCUCCAGGACAGCUUCAAACCGCAUUACCUCAACUGGUAGAAAGGCCCAUUUCAUCAAUGAUGACAAGAGCCAGGUCACCCGCGACUCUGUCACAGGAACUACUGAAUCGAGGCCCUGGAAAAGCACCCAGGUCCAUGCCAUCACGGUCUUUGCAUGGGCCGUGAAACAUGCCAGCGAAUCUCUUAUCAGUCAGAGCUGGCCGCUUUUUACCCCAGUCCUGCUCGCCCUUAUAGAUGAUACAGAGACCAAGUUCAAAAAGAAAGGCCUUGUCGCACUACAAGACUUUCUCUCAAGAUGUCCGCCCCACCUUAUCGGAAACACGGGUCUCGGCGAGGUCUUCGAGCAGUCUGUGUUCCCCUCGCUUCUCUCCCUGCCAGGUGUAACGCCAGAAGAUGAAUCUCUUCAAUUGCUUGGGCCAGCAUACAAUGCCAUCACAGAGCUAGCCAAGACCUGGUUUCCCAAUGGCGAGAGCACACCCGCAAAGAUGAAACUCCUCAUCAAAGUGCUCAGGGAGGGCGUACUUGCCGGUUACUGGCACGCAUCUGAAUAUGUUGGAGUUGUAGAGCUGCUGGCUCAGAAGUCCAUUCCAAUCAUCAGCCAACUUGGUCCGUACGCCGUACCCCAUCUGAAGGCAAGUCCGGGACUCACACGUGCCGCUCUCCACGCGCUAACCCUUCACACAGGAACUUCUGUCCAUGUUCUCCGCCAUCAUGACUGA